UAUAUAUAUAUAUAUAUACAUAUAUACUUCGGCGAUUCAUUGGUAGGAUAUUCGUCAAACCCAGGUUCUAAAAGUGAGGCAAUCUGUGAUAACACGAAUGUUGAUGAAAAACACAGCAUGAUUAAACAAACAAAUGUUCAGGUUUCGGUAAGUUCAUUGUCUUCACUUCCUAAUGUUAAGAACACAAUAUUCAGCGAAGAGACUCUUUCCAACAACGAAUUUAUUAUCAUGCUGUACAAUCGUAUAUAUAGGGGUUGUUUUUAAGAAAUUAUAUCCGAUGAGGGAAUUAGAUCAAAGAUGUGAAUACAUGAAAUAAUAAUAAUAGUACUAGUAUGAAAUGCAAUCAAGACAUUUGUGAUUAUAAUCAUAGUUCAUUGUGAAGUGGCAAAAUAAUUAAUGUCAUAUAUAGAAUAAUUCAUGAGAUGUAUAGAUGUUGGAAGUGGGGUUUCAUAAUUAUAGGAUUAGUAGGCGAAUAUAAAAUGUUACAUAACAUGGUGUGUGAAAUUUGAAAAGAUCAAAUUCAAUAUUGUAAAAAUAAAAAAAAAAAUAAAAAUUUUGGAUUUAGAAUGACAAAUGGGACAAACGGAGAAAAUUCAAAGUGAGAAUAAUAUUAAAAAUAGUAAUCGUAGUAAUGAGGGAAAGGUACAUCGAAUAACUAAAUAAACAAAAUAAAUAAGUAAAUGUCUAUCUCUCUCUACGGUCAAGGCAAAAAUAGGAAUUGUACAUAAUUCUUUUGUACACAAAGGUUUGGCUGGCUUAAAGUCAUGAAUUGCCAAGGCCUCAGCUGUCUUUAGAAGUCUGUAACGAAGACAGCGCAGCUGACAAGUUAGCAUGGAUUCGGUAGAUGAUCUUAAAAUUAUGGUCAUUGUUGGUAGAGUGACAGGAGUUGAUCAGGAGUUCUAGAACAGAUCUUCGCACACCCUUCCUUUCUCCCUUGUAAAACCAUGCUGCUGGAAUAUAUUUUCAUAUGUUCUUAAUAUUCAAUAAAAUUUAUAAUUUGUCGUGUAAAGAUAGGUCUUUCAAUAUGGAAUUUACUCUGUUUCCCCAUUCUUCUAUUGAUGUACUUUUUGAUUUUGAUAACAGGUUGAACAUACCUGACGUUUUAUAGAAUAUGUAUAUGCUUGAUCUAUAGAUAUUCGUAUCUGUAUUGGGGUUAAAUACUAGUAGAGAAACAAAUGCAGAAAUUUUAGAUUAGAAUUUGGGUACUACGACAGCCUAGACGGUACUUUCAUAAACAGGAGGAACAUAUGAGACUCUGUGAAAGGAUUUUUUAAUAAGAUUGGAGUUUGGGUGACGUUCAAAUCAAUCAAUUCACUCAGUGAUAAAAAAAAACUGUUGGAUUAAGGAUCUGAUAGGUCCAUUUAGGCAAAAUAAUAAUAAAUUAAUAAAUGGCAUGAAAUGAUUGAGAGGUCAGUUACAUCAUAGGUCAGACUAGUAGGUCAAGGUCAUUUAUGCUAUCCGAAGAUGGGAAUUUGUUGUUAUUAUAUGGUUGGAGGCAAUCGACAGGAGGAAGACCUGCCUGACGCUCUUUAGUUGUCAAGACGUCUCUACAUUCUUGAAGGAAUUCAUUUGCCUCCUUUUGAGAUUUGAACCAGUGUCACUCACCCAAUGCUGCAGUCCAAGGCUUCCUGCCGAUUGCCUUCAACUAUCUAAUGAUAACACUUGUGAGUGUACUGUGAUGGUGAGCCACCUAGUGGCAUGGUAGACAUAUUGCAAACUUGACUAAUGUAAUUCAGUCUGCAGUAUACAAAGGACUAGACAUUCAAUCGAAAGAUGGGAAUUUUGACCGACAUAGAAUGAUUGACUCUGCUAAGUCAAAUGACGUAGAGGAAAGCUUAGCCAUUGCAUUGCAUUUACCUGCGUGUAAUCAAAAAGUAGCGUGGGUGGGACAGAGUGAGAGUAAUUAAAUUUAGUGUAGUUUGGUGGGGCUGCAGAAAGAGAGGGGUUAAUCACUGAAUCUCUGUUCAUCAAAUCAACACAAAACACGUUCACAAUUCAAAUGACACAACGCCUAUAUCGGAUACACGGAAAAUUCCAAUAAAUAACAAGGGGAGGGCAUAUAUAUACAUGGUGAGUCGGUAGCACAGAGGUAGAGUGCUCGCCACCCAAGCAUGUGGUCCAAAAUUCGAUCCCCGGCUGACGCACUUCUUUGCGCCGGUUAGGACGCUCGCUGACCAAGUGCAUGGUCCGGUGUUCGAUCCCCUGCCGACGCACUCCUGAACCUCGCUAAGCCAGUAAUAAGACUGGUGAAGAGGUAAGGUUGUUCAUGAAGCUAGCAAAUCCAUCCGUAAAAAUAACCACCACUGCUAACGAAACUUCAGGCCUCUAGCUUGAAGAUGCCCUAUGAUCCAUUGGGAACGUAAAGGAAUAAAAACAGUAUCACUACCGAACUAAUCUUCCAGCAUUUGAAAUACUUAGAUACAGGUGAUAACAACUACUAAUUAAAGUAUAUGUCGCCAUUAAAUACGAGUACCGUUUAAGAGUACAAAUUAUGCAGUAGAUGUACCUUACUAUGUCAAGUUUAAAGAUUUUUUGAUUUGCAACAGAAACCAGUAUGAUAUUUACGAAUCAUGUAAAUUAAUCUAAACUUCUCAGUUUGUUCGAAUUAAGCGCGCAUAUAAAAUUGAACGUUUUUAAUUUAAAUCAGAUGAACAAUGAAUAUAUAUUUUCAGUAAUUGAACUUUUGUUAUUAAUUUCAAAAAUUUAUUUAUUUUAUAUAACAGUUGUACAGAGUAAUAGUACAAGCGAUGCAGAACCUGAAGAUUCACAAUUCUUUGGUCUAACAAGUGGCAUAGCUUUGACUAUUGGCUCUCAAAUAUGGUCAUUUUUAAGUGGAUGUUUUCUAAGUAUGGAAAAUUUAGAAAAACUAUUUUUCCCUUAAUAAAAUGCCCAAAAUAGAGGGGAAAAAUCGCAAAAUAAAACAAAAAUUUGUUGAAAUGACAUGUGUUCAUAGUUUAAAUAAAAUAAAGUUUCAUUCUCUUAUGAUCUAAGCGUUAAAA